UCAAAUAGUAAUCAUAUUUAAAAAAAAAUUGGUGUACAUGUACAAUAUACAUGAAAGAUUAAACUGUAGGAAGAGUUAAGUCUAACUUAAGUUUAAUUUUUGGAUAAUACAAAAAGGAAAAAUAAUGAGAACCACGUUGCUAAAUCUUUGUAAAAUUGCUUUAUUUCUAUUGAUUUUAAUGACACUGUUUGAACAUGUUGUAGUAGCUUCUGACGCACCAAAGAAAUUACAAAUAGGUGUUAAAAAAAGGCCUGCGGAAUGUCCUAUAAAGAGCAGAAAAGGCGAUCUCCUACAUAUGCAUUACACAGGUAUAUUAGAUGAUGGUACGGAGUUUGAUAGUUCCAUUCCAAGAGGUAAUCCCCUUACCUUCACUCUUGGUUCUGGCCAAGUUAUUAAAGGUUGGGAUCAAGGUCUGAUGGGUAUGUGUGAAGGAGAACAAAGGAAAUUAGUCAUUCCACCAGAAUUAGCUUAUGGAGAAGUUGGUGCUCCACCAAAAAUACCAAAAUCAGCAACUCUAACAUUCCAUGUUGAUCUUGUAAAAAUUGAAAGAAGAGAUGAAUUGUAAAAUUUUUAUAUCAGUAUGAAAUAUACAUUUGAUUUUUGAGAUA